AUGUUCAAUCACCGCCUUACAUCUUUCACUCUUACUAUUACUAUUGUAAUUACUAUUAUUUGUAAUGAAGCAUUUAUCCUACAGUGCCAGAAUUGUAGAUGUAUACCGGAUUAUUGCCCGCAAACCUCUGUACCUCGAUCGUUAUGCCCUUGCGAUGGGAUGCAAACCCCGUGUAGUCGGGCAGGUACUGCAGUGCAAGCUAUGUUCAGUGGUGCAGUAAAUGUCCACCAUCAACAACAACCGUUUGUGUUAACACAGGCACCGCUUAUGAAGUAUUUCCUCAUUCAACAACCAGUGCAACCAAUAUUGACCCAAAUACCCGGUCAAUUCAUAGUAGAAAGUCAACAACAACAACAACAACAGCAAACAUUAAGUUUAUUGCAACAGCAAAUUUUACCUCAGCAAGUACGAAUAGGAGGAGGAAUGCAACGACCCAGUAUACCACCUGUGUACCUUAUCCGAACUAUUGAACAACCGGGUCAGGUGCUGCGACAAGUACAGCAAAUACCAGAAUCAAUGGUAUCAUCACAAUAUAUGUCUACGGUACAGCAGGUACCAAUACAACAAACACAAAUGAUGAUGGUACCUUCGGUACAACAAACGAUACCACAAACACAACAGUUCAUUGUGCCUCUUCAAGUUCCCAUGCAAACGGUUACUUUACAAGUUCCAGUGACGAUGGCAGAACAUUGCACUCCUCGAAUAAAUGCUUGUCCAGUUGGACUGCCAUCAGUUCAUGCUGUCACAGAAUGUGAUAAUGUCACCGAUACUACAGCUACACGUUGUAUCACAGUUGAAGAAGCACGACGAUUAUAUACAUGCCUUCCACAUUUUAAUUUUGAUAAAUUAUGGGAUAAUUAA